AUGUUUUUUAGAGAUAUCUCGACCAGUAAAGAGAGAAAUGUGGGAAAUUCAGUGAAUAUGCCGAAGAAUCCUGGACUAUCACAGGCGUCUUCUCAGGGAAAGCCAGAGAAGGGUCAGCCAAGUCAAGGUACCGAAUACAGGCCAUUCCUGAGUACUGAGUCACAUAAUACCAUUUCCAGAGUCAUGGCUAUCAGUUCUGGUGGUUCUUCUUGUGCAGGCUCUGCACAGAAAUGUUCGAAUACUCAAUCCACAGCGUCGGUAGAUGGAAACAUUGCAGUUGAAACUGCAAAGCUUAUUCCGGGAAAAUCCUCUAUGAGAUCUGAUGGCCAUGGAAAGCUUUCCAAGAAAGAUGUUGGAAACAGUAAACUGGAACAAGGAGUCCUAGUCGUUGACAAUCCACCACAUGCAACACAUGAUGAUGAUGGCUCGAUAGAGAUGGUAAUCGCUGAACCGGAGGUCAAUUCAUCAGUGGAUGAACAUCUCGACGAUAGUGAUGAAGAGUUGCCUUAUUAUUCUGAUAUUGAGGCUAUGAUACUUGAUAUGGAUUUGGAUCCUGAUGAUCACGAUGUUUUUAAGCGUGAAGUUGCCAAGUAUCAGAAUGAGGACACCAAAAGAGCAAUUGCCAGACUUGAGCAGGCUGCUUACUCAUACAUGCAAAGAGCCAUUGCUUCGCAUGCCGCUUUUGCUGUUUUGUAUGGCAGACGUUCAAAACAUUACAUCAAGAAACCCGAGGUUCUGCUUGGCAGGUCAACAGAAGACCUCGUCGUGGACAUUGAUUUGGGAAGAGAAAAGCGUGGUAGCAAAAUAUCUCGACGGCAGGUCAUGCUAGAAGCUGUUUUUGAUUAUUUGCUUCU